AUGGAGAAAGACGAACUGGUACUUCGUGUGGAAGCACUUGAAAACGAGCUUGCUAGCACCCAACGUCAGCUCGAAGAGGCUCAGGACCAGGUUUUUCGUCUGCAACCUUGCAGAAAGGACAUUACGGAAUCAGAAGCAAAGGAUGCCUACAAGACUCUUGUUGGAAACGUUCAACGAUGGGUUGAGAAUCGUGCCGGGCAUGUCAUUGAUGAAUUGGAAACCGGCCGUCUUAUGAGCAGAGCAGCUCCUCCAGAAGGUUCACGACUUGUCACACUUCUCAGAGAACAAUCCAGGCGGUGUAUAAAUGUGAGUCAAUCUGAUGAGUUUCAAAUCAUGGGGGCCAUCAUGAACUAUCUCCACAUCACCAUGUUUUCCAAGUCGUUCUAUUGUCCUUUGGAUGAUGGCGACGACGGUGGAACCGCUGUCUGGAUUGAUGAGCUUGAAGAAACUAUGUCUCAGUUGCAAAGAGUGUCGGGAAUGGAGAAGUGA